AUGGCGGCAAAGUCUUGGGAGGCCCUUUCGACUCGGAUUCCGAAAAAUCGGAAAUAUACCUGCACCUUGAGCAAGGGCUUAUACACUAUGUGCAAUGCCAUGAUGACAACCAGGCUGUUCAGGCCGGUUUCAAGGUACGAGCCCGCGAAACGAAAGCUAUUGACCAGGCAAUGGAAUAAACCGUUUAUGCAUGCCUUUGAAAUUAAAAUGUGUAUCGGGGUCAAGGGUACCUUGAUCGGAACUGGUCUUUUCAGCGGGCCGAAUGAUCUGUGCUUAGCUUUGUUGGAGAGCUUCAUGCGUGGUGGAUUAUCAAAUUUUGGUCACUUUCAUCUAUUGAGAUAUCCCAUCGGAAAUGGGAAUUUUCAGGAUCCCUUUGGAGACAAACUCGUGAUAUGCUGGCCUUCAGCGAGAAUGCUCUUUCUCGCAUCAUCGCGUCCUAUAGAGUCUCAGCUCGGAGACAAGAUAUACCUUCGGAAACCCCCUGCUACCUCCUACUAG